ACAUUGCUGAUUGUACGGUAAAGUAACGGUUAUCAAAUCCUAGCCUCGACAUGAAAUCCAUCACGUGACACAAGCCUGAACACGUAAGAAAGAAGGAAGGAAAACAAUAUCUCGAAAACAAAACCACAAAACCCAGGAUGUCCUCUGGAACUAGAGUUUAUGUUGGUAGACUAGCUAGUGAUACAAGGGAGAAAGAUAUAGAAAGAUUUUUCAAAGGAUAUGGACGAUUGCGGGAAGUCCUCAUGAAAAAUGGCUACAGUUUUGUAGAAUUUGAUGACCCAAGAGAUGCUGAUGAUGCUGUCUAUGAAUUGAAUGGAAAAGAACUGCUGGGAGAAAGACUGAUAAUUGAACAUGCGCGUGCCUCCAGAGGUCGUGGUGGUGGACGAGGUGGCGGUGGUGGAGGAAGAUACGGAGAUCGCUCUCCUGAAAGGUUUGGUCCACCACAGAGAACAGACUACAGAGUGAGAGUGGAAAACCUAUCGUCAAGAGCCAGCUGGCAGGAUCUCAAGGACCACAUGAGAUCUGCUGGUGUUGAAGUCUCAUUUGCUGAUGCUCAUAAACAGAGGACUGGAGAAGGAGUUGUUGAGUUUACAAGCGAGUCCGAUAUGAAUCGUGCAGUUGAGAAACUAGAUGGUACAGAUAUAAAUGGAAAGAAAAUCCGUAUGGUUGAGGAAAGACGAGGUGGAGGCGGAGGUGGUGGUGGACGAGGCAGAAGAAGUUUUUCACGCAGCAGAUCCAGAUCAGAAAGCCGAAGCCGAUCAAGAUCCAGCCGGAGCCGUUCUCGAUCAAGCUCGCCACCAAAGAAGAGGUCCCGUACAAAAUCCGGUGAUGAUGCGGAAGACGAUUGAAUCAUUUCAUGCAGCAAAGUCUUUAUUCAUAAUUCUGAAGAGAUUCAGCGUGGGGAAACUUUAGACAGCUGAUAUGGAUGGAGGCUUAUCUCUCAACCAUUGCUUGUCUUUCGUGAGUGUAUGUAAAGAGUAAAUGUCAUAAGUGUUAGUGAAUGUAGUAUUCUAGUUAUAUGACUAUAGAUAUAAUUGUAUGAAGAAAUUUGGCCAUUAUUUUCAUGUGUAUAAUUUAAUCUUGUCUAUUUGAUACGGUAAAAUGAGAAAUGCUCAUAAACACUUAAAUUUGAAAAAAAAAUAAUGUAUACUUGAUAUGUUAAUAAUCAUAGGCAUGUAAUACAAAAGUUUGGUGUCAAAUUAUUGUGUUGAAGUGUCUUAAAAUUAAUAAUGAAUUUAUUUAAGGUGUUGUAGUUAAAACUUUCGGGACUGUAAUUGGUUCCUCUUGAUAAAUAUUUAAUAUUACUCCUCAAUAAUUUUGUACUUUCCAAUUGGCCAAUGGGUUUUAUUCAAGUGUACCAUGUGACUAAAAAUUUUGUAUUCUAAAACUCUGAAAAAUUAAGACAUAUAGAAACUGUGUCCCAAUGGUGUUUUUGUUCUAGGGAUUGAAUAAAUAACACAUAGGUUUAUGAGUAACAGCAAAAAUAUCAUCUCUCGUAAAAAUACUGUACCUCAGCAAGCAAUAUUUUCCUCAGGAUGAUAUUUUGACUGUUACUUGUUACUAAUGAGUUAUUUAUUUACUGGUAUAAUUCAACUCUUUAUUGUUAUGGUUACAUAGAUGAAAUGUAUUUAUUAUAAAUUUGUUUUUCCACAGUUUUGCAACACAAGGCAUAAAAGAUCUUUGAAUUGCUGUUAAGCACUUGAAUUUAUCCAAAGUUCAGUGUAUAAUAAUAUAUUAUGAAUACAAAAAGUCUUAAUCUUCAGUAUAGAUAUAUAUUUGAAGAUUAAAGGGCAUACCUUAUCUGACCUCGUUUAAAAUCCUACAAUAUGUUUUAAGGAUCUUAAUAAACUGAUGAUUAAAUCUUUCAUCUUAUGAGGAAGCUCUUGAUAAGAUAAUGAUAGUUCUGUGGUCCUCUUGUGCCCACAUGUUCCUGAAACAAUGCAACGAGGGAACACUGAAAGUUUUUCUACAUUAUUAAUUCUGGGAAGUCACCAUUUAUGACAUUUACAGAGUCUGUACGACUUAAAACCCCAAAAAAAUAAGAGAAAAAAGAAAAUUUCUUGAUCAAGUUUUCUUUGUUUUUUUUUAUUUGUCAAGCCAUCUUUCAUAUAUUCAUGUUACUGAUAUUUAAAACUCAUUUCACUAAAUUUCAAUUAUGAUUUUGUUUUAUUUUCUUCAACCAUUGUCAUUACAGAAACAUUAUUUGUGCAUGUUAUUUUUGUUUCUUCUCAUUUUUAAAAUUUGUCCAUAUUGUGUACUGUGAUGGAUAAAUAUUGUGAAAUAAAGAUUUUAUUAUAAAACUUUUA